AUGGCAUAUCUGCUCUCCAAAAAGGAAACGGACUCUGACGAAAAGCAGAGGGCCAGACCUAGUGCUUCUAUAUCAGUGCCCACAUCCGCAUCUUCGUCAUUCUUGACAUCAGGUUUUCGCUCUUAUCUCUCCGCCAUCAUUAAACAACAAUCUUCAUCUUCGUCUCCACGUUCACGUGAUUAUUGUAGUUGCCCACCCCAUCCGAUGCGUGUUUUACCAAAGGAAGACGCGUACGUAAACGACGCGGAGCUGUACGCUAGUGUAACGGAUUUUACUGAUAUCAUGGAGAUUCUUCGUGCACCUACAGUACCGCCAACUAAAAUGGGCUUUGCCGACUCUCCACCGUUAAGUUUCCAGCGAGCGCCCAUUCACACACCAGCAGAAUCCUCAACUAAGGGUUCUAGCAGUGGCACUAGUGCUGUGCGCCCGCCUUGCGCUUUUGGAACGCUGACCUUCAGGCGAAUCGCGAGCAACAACCAUACCGGUGUGGAGAUAUUUAGUGCAGCUGUUGAGGGGUGUCCUAUUCACCUUAUGCGCGCAAGUGCCAUUAUGCCUUGCAGCCCCGCCGACCUGCUAAAGUAUAUGGAUAGCGACAUUCGCCCUGCGUGGGAUUCACACCUCCGCAGUAGUCGCAUCGUGCGUAGGCUUAAACCCCAUCCCCCUGGAGCUGCGUGUGGUGGAACAGGGCCUGCUCACGCACAGCAGACCAGCUUAAUCGCAGUACUUCCAGCGGAGGCCACCGCUCCGGUAGAAACAUCCCUUUCUCAUUCCCUUUCGAACACCCGUCCAGCCCCUGGGGGCCUAUCACAGACUAGCGUGGUUGGCCGGGAGCAUCCGAUUGAUCCUUCCAAACAGGCCAGAUGUGUACCACCGAUGAGACCCUGCGGCGUUGAUGCCGAGGAUAGCUUUCAGUAUCGCCCGGGCCAACAUCGGGUUGCGGUGCAUUACAUGGAAGUGAAGUCCCCCAUCCCUCUCAUGCAGGAUCGCGAUCUCGAGCUUUUAGUCUGUGAGGCGGUCACUCAGAACGGUUGCGCCGUCGUGAAGGCGUUUUCAACCCCCAUGGGGAAGGUUGUACCGAUGGAUCCAACUCAAACACGGUACGUGAGGGCGGUAGUGCUGCUCUCAGGCAUAGUGGCGCAGCCACUUCCCCUGGGACAGGUAGACAUAGCGACGUCCUUGCCGCCCAGCCUGCGUGUUGUUGCAAAAAGAGAUCUCGAAGACGGCAAUAGUGGUGCUAGGAAAGAGUACUGUGUGAUAGAGUAUUUGGGGCUCGUGCACCCCAUGGGGCUAAUCCCUCCCGUCAUCACAAACAUGGUGAUCUCGGCGCAAGUUGGCGUUCUAGAAGGGCUGCAGCGUCACAUUGCGGAGCAUCCCAUUUCCUCGUCGAAAUUUGGGCUUUCACCAUGGGCGUCGAUACGGCAGUCUUGUCGUGAAUCGCAAAACGGUAACCACUUCUUAUCUGCGCGCAGAGAGUCCCCUCCGUGCGUUUUCACAGAUUCAAAAAAUACUAGUGCUGGUCAAGCUUCCGUAGGACUACUCGAGGACGCCAUGGGGGUUACGCCUGAGGAAACACGGGCUUCACAUGGAGUGGAAGAAUCCGACGCUUCUCAUCCUGAUCGUGAACAAAGUCCUGUCGCACGUCCGUCAAGCCAGGAUCCACUACCUGGGGGUUUGCCUUCUUCAUCUGCCUCCGACUGCAAGAGGGAGCAGAACAGCACAGUCGCCACGACAACGCCAAAUCAACCUCUUACAUCCAAAGAUCCCUCCGUGUGUGAUGGGGAUUCCGGUCGCCAGAGGGUCACGUCUGAACUACCACUUUCAGGUUCAUCUCCUUCGACUUCUACAGAUGAUGCUCAGAAAAAAGGCAAAGUACGACUCUGGUGGAAGCAUGUGAAGAAACGCGCCAUGUCGAAGUUGUAG